GAACCCUCCCAGCCUUCAUGCCGCCUUUCCUGAUAACCCUCUUUCUCCUUCACUCUUGCUUCCUCCGAGCAAAUGGCCACCUCCGUGAAGGAAUGACAUUGCUGAAGACUGAGUUUGCACUUCGCCUCUACCAGAGCGUGGCCACGUGUAGAAACGAGACGAACUUCGUCAUCUCUCCUGCUGGUGUGUCCCUCCCCCUGGAGAUCCUGCAGUUUGGAGCAGAAGGGAGCACUGGCCAGCAGCUGGCAGAUGCCCUGGGGUACACUGUCCAUGACCAAAGGGUGAAAGAUUUCUUGCAUGCUGUUUAUGCCACACUACCCACCUCCAGCCAAGGCGCCGAGAUGGAGCUGGCCUGCAGCCUUUUUGUGCAAGUGGGAACGCCGCUGUCCCCCUGCUUUGUGGAGCAGGUCUCCUGGUGGGCUAACAGCAGCCUGGAACCAGCCGACCUCAGUGAGCCCAAUAGCACCGCCAUCCAGACUAGCGAAGGGGCCUCCAGACAGACUGCAGGUGAGGGCCCCAGUGAGGGCCCUGAUGGCUGGCCGUGGGAGCAAGUCAGUGCAGCAUUUGCUCAGCUUGUGCUUGUGAGCACCAUGUCCUUCCAAGGCACUUGGCAGAAGAGAUUCUCCUCCACAGACACGCAGAUCCUGCCUUUCACCUGUGCCCAUGGCCUCGUCCUUCAGGUCCCCAUGAUGCACCAAAUGGCCGAGGUCAACUACGGUCAGUUCCAGGACACUGCAGGCCAUCAGGUGGGGGUGCUGGAGCUGCCUUACCUGGGAAGUGCAGUGAGUCUGUUCCUGGUGCUGCCCCGUGACAAAGACACCCCCAUGAGCCACAUCGAGCCACACCUCACAGCCAGCACCAUCCACCUCUGGACCACCAGCCUGAGGAGAGCCAGGAUGGAUGUGUUCCUGCCCAGGUUUAGGAUCCAAAAUCAAUUCAACUUAAAAAGCAUUUUAAAUUCUUGGGGAGUCACCGAUCUUUUUGAUCCACUCAAAGCUAACUUGAAAGGAAUUUCAGGCCAACAUGGUUUUUAUGUUUCUGAAGCAAUCCACAAGGCCAAGAUUGAAGUUUUAGAGGAAGGCACCAAGGCAUCUGGAGCCACAGCUCUGUUGUUAUUGAAAAGGUCUCGGAUUCCUAUUUUUAAAGCAGAUCGGCCAUUCAUCUAUUUCCUGAGAGAACCUAACACAGGGUUUGUCUUCAGUAUUGGGAGAGUUUCAAAUCCCCUAAACUAAAUGCAUGUUCUCCACUUUCAUCAAUGCUUUUCUUCAUAAAGUUAUAAUUUCAUUUUGCUAUACCCUUGAAAUUUAAAAAAAUGUUCUGAUAAAGUGUAAAAAGCUAAGGGUAUGUGAUUUUCAUAUUAUAAACCUAAAAAUACUUCAAUUUUUAAAUUUUAUGAGUUUAUUUUGCCUACUCUUAAUCCAAAUCUAUUUUGACCUUUUUUUUUACUGGUUACCCCCCAAACCAUGAAAAGGCACAGCAGUGAUCUAUGAAUGGUGAGUCAGGCCAUAAGAUUGCUUCCUCAGUAAGGAUAUUCUAGGCCAUGUUGAAUUGAGGGUGGAGAAUGAAUAGUGUGGUUUUCCUUAUCCUGUGAAACUCAGGGGGGAUGCAAAAUGAGCAAAGUCAUCUUAAAGGUGUUUCCUUUCCAUUUAGCUUAUAAAUAAAACAGAGUUUAAGUGUGAGAA